UCGUGAAACAGGGGCUGCGGAGGAUCCGGAGCGCAGGAGUUGGUGCGGCGAAGGCAUGGUGGGCCACCUGAGCGAGGGGGCCAUUGCGGCCAUAAUGCAACAGGGAGACACUUCCAUAAAACCUGUCCUCCAGGUCAUUAACAUCCGUCCCAUCACUACAGGGAAUAGUCCACCCCGUUAUCGACUGCUUAUGAGUGAUGGAUUGAACACUCUCUCCUCUUUCAUGUUGGCAACACAGUUGAACCAUCUCGUUGAGGAAGAACAAUUGUCUAGCAACUGUAUUUGCCAGAUUAACCGAUUUAUUGUUAACACUCUGAAAGAUGGAAGGAGAGUAAUUAUUUUGAAGGAGUUAGACGUUUUGAAAUCAGCUGAAGCAGUUGGAUUAAAGAUUGGCAAUCCCGUGCCCUAUAAUGAAGGACACGGGCAGCAGCAGGUAGUUCCUUCUCCAGCCUCAGCAGCCAACCCGCCAGCCAGCAAGCCCCAGCAACAGAAUGGGAGCUCAGGGAUGGGUUCCACUGCAUCUAAGACUUAUGGUGCCUCAAAGACAUUUGGAAAAGCUGGAGCUACCAACCUAGCGAACACAGGUUCUGGAGGAACACAGGUCAAAGUGGUACCCAUCGCCAGCCUCACCCCUUACCAAUCCAAGUGGACUAUCUGUGCUCGAGUUACCAACAAAAGUCAGAUCCGUACCUGGAGUAAUUCCCGGGGGGAAGGGAAGCUCUUCUCCCUAGAACUAGUUGAUGAAAGUGGUGAAAUCAGAGCUACUGCUUUCAACGAGCAAGUGGACAAGUUUUUUCCCCUUAUUGACAUGAACAAGGUCUAUUACAUCUCUAAAGGCACCCUGAAGAUUGCUAACAAACAGUUCACAGCUGUUAAAAAUGACUAUGAGAUGACCUUCAAUAAUGAGACUUCCGUCGUGCCCUGUGAAGAUGGUCAUCAUUUACCAACAGUUCAGUUUGAUUUCACAGCGAUUGGUGACCUGGAGAAUAAGUCUAAAGAUUCUCUGAUAGACAUAAUUGGGAUCUGCAAGAGCUAUGAAGAUGCCACCAAAAUCACAGUGAAAUCUAACAACAGAGAAGUUUCGAAGAGAGACAUCUAUUUGAUGGACAUGUCAGGGAAAGUGGUGACCGCUACUCUGUGGGGAGAAGAUGCUGAUAGAUUUGAUGGUUCUAGACAACCUGUGAUGGCUAUCAAAGGAGCCAGAGUUUCUGAUUUUGGUGGACGGAGCCUCUCUGUACUGUCUUCAAGCACGGUCAUUAUGAAUCCUGACAUCCCGGAGGCCUAUAAGCUUCGUGGAUGGUUUGACUCUGAAGGACAAGCCUUAGAUGGUAUUUCCAUCUCUGAUCUAAAGAGUGGAGGAACAGGAGGUAGCAACACCAACUGGAAAACUCUAUAUGAGGUUAAAUCAGAGAACCUAGGCCAUGGUGACAAGGCCGACUAUUUUAGCUGUGUGGCGACAGUUGUGUUUCUUCGCAAAGAGAACUGUAUGUAUCAAGCCUGCCCAGCUCACGACUGCUUUAAGAAAGUGAUUGAUCAACAGAAUGGAUUGUACCGCUGUGAGAAGUGUGAUAGUGAAUUUCCCAGCUUCAAGUACCGCAUGAUCCUGUCAGCAAAUAUUGCUGAUUUUCAAGAGAAUCAGUGGGUCACCUGUUUCUAGGAGUCUGCGGAGGCCAUCAUUGGACAAACCACUGCUUAUAUUGGGGAGUGAAAAGAGAAGAAUGAGCAAGCAUUUGAGGAAGUUUUCCAGAAUGCCAACUUCCGAACUUUCAUAUUCAAGAUCAGGGUGAAACUAGAGACCUACAAUGAUGAGUCUCGAAUUAAGGCCACUGUGAUGGACGUGAAGCCCGUGGACUACAGAGAAUAUGGCAAAAGGCUGAUCAUGAACAUCAAGAGAAACGCACUGAUGAUGUGAGCAGAGCAGUGCUGAUUGGGCAGAAGUUUGAAAAAGCAGAGUUGAAAUGAAACAGACUCCUGCCCGCAGCACCCCCCCCCAACCCCCCUUGUGACAAUUCCACAUUAGGUCCCCAGUGCAUAGAGCCUCUCUGCGGCGGACUAGGCGCUUCCUCUCUCAGGCGCAUCUUGGAACCCAUUGGUAGGCAAAGGACAGUGUGCUCAGGUGGCUGAGGUGUAAACUGUGUCUGACCUAGCGGGUCAGCUGGCGGGAGGCGUAGUGCCAGUCCCUCUGUCUUCAGGCUUUUGUCAGUGAUAUUAAGAUUUCAGUAUCUUCAAGCAGGAAUUAUGUCAGAAGUAAUUGACCCUAAAUCUGCAGACAGUGAAAUAAAUUAUGUAGCUUGGGUUUCCGCCUCUCCAGUGGUGACACCUUCACAACUUGGGUUCCUUCUCCAGAGGGAGAGCCGAAAAGGGGCUGUGCGGAACCUGUAUUUUAGUGUGUCUUUCUAGAAUUCAAAGGCUUUCCUUUCUAGAGAUGCCACAGAGUUGUUAAUGCUUGGAAUGGCAAUAGGGUAGAAUUAUUAAUCAAAGAGAUGUCUUUUAUAUCUGAAGAAUAUCCUUCCUUCAGGGUUUAAUAGACUGAGUCAGAUGGGUCUGAUAUUAAUCAAAAUUGUCUCUUCUGAGGAAGGCUGAUAAGCAUUGACUUGCUGUCCCCCAGGGACAUCCAGGCAACUACAAAGCAUUGCUUUAGUUUUUACUUCAAUUAAUGUUGCAUUUUGGUUGGCGAACGUAUACUUUUUCUACCUGUACAUAUUUUUUGCAUUUGUAGGUUUCAUUUCUUGAUUAAAGCUAUGUUAAAUAGAAGGGAUUUUGAAGGAAGAAGCUCUUUGUUUCCCCUGCUUUGUUUUAAUAAACAGAAGCUUCUCUG